GUUACGUGUCGAAGAUCUAGUGUUUCUGAGUGUAAUCGACGGACAAAUAUCAUGUAAAUACCCAAGAGUUUACCACACCUUAGAGUUACCCUUCCAGACAAAAACUAGAGAAAAAAAUUGUUUUUUGACCUUUGGGGAAAAAGAGAUUCUAUUUUUUUUUUUUAAACGUUCGGAGUCGUCACAUCCAGUGACGUAUCAGUGGAAUAGGAUCAGUGCUGCCUGCUGUAGUGCAAUAGGCGGGUUUGGUUAAUGCCACUUUUCAGUUGGCUACUAUGAGCAUCACAGGUCCUUCUGUUGAUCCGGGUGGUAGAACUGUUAGAAGAGCACUUGAAUUUGGAAGUACCUAUGUGGUCAUGCCCAAAGGUAGGCACCAAGCGACAAUAGUUUGGCUACAUGGCUUUGGCUGUAAUGGUUCAAGAUUAAAUGGAUAUGCCCAACUGCCCCCUACUCAACCAGUAACCAUAUUUGGUGGAUUACCAUCAACUGCUUGGUUCGAUGCAAGAGACCUUUCAGAAGAUGCAUCAGAUGAUAUAGAGGGUUUGGAUGCUGCUGCAGCACAUGUUGCAAAUUUGUUGACAACGGAGCCUGCUGACAUUAAACUUGGUGUUGGAGGCUUCAGUAUGGGUGCAGCCACCUCCCUAUACUCGGCAACCUGUUUUACUCAUGGAAAUGAUGGAAAUGGCAAUUUGUAUCCUGCCAAUUUGAGUACAGUUGUAGGACUUAGUGGAUGGCUUCCAUGUUCAACGUUGGUUUCCUUCAUUGGCACCUCUUCUUUGAAAAACAAAAUAGAAGGACAGGAUGAAGGUGCAAGACGUGCUGCAUCCUUGCCCGUUUUACCAUGCCAUGGCAAGGUAUUUAUAAUCACCUUCACUAUGCAUGGUCAUUUUGUCAGGGAUGGUGUCGGUUUAUUGUCUUUAUCUUAUACCUCUGGUAUAGACGUGGUGGCACGACCAUUAUCACCAUUUAUUUUGAUUAGUAACAGAUAUAAUAAGAUGGUAUCCAAAUAUAGUAAUCUUGCUAGUUUAUGA